AUGGAACUAGGGGUGGUUUUGUGAGAAGUGUUAGUAACCGCGACGGCGAGGAGAUUGGUGGUGCGCGGGCGGUGGGUGGCGGUGCAGUCGGUCCAAGCGACAGGGGACACAAUGCUAUGGGGAAAUUAUUGCUUUUGCCUAUGAAAAUGUUCUUGUUACCGGUGGUAACAUGUUCAAAGGGAAGAAAAGGCGUAAAUUAAGGCGAAAUCUCGAGAAAUGUGACCACUAGCCUCCUUUUGACCAAUCUGCCACUAUCGCUAAUGGUGCUUGUGGGAGCUCUUAUUGGGUCGUGCAUCUCCCGUUUGCAACCUGCUACCGGCAUUUCAAUAUUCACCGGUAACGGGGCCAGGUCUCCAUAGAUGGCACAUAGAUCCUAAAAUAGGCUAGUAUAUGGAACACACCAAGGUCCUACGGCUUUAAGUUUCUUAUAACAAUUACUAACCCUACUCCCGACCGAUUAAAUUAGGAAAGGGAUACAUCAGCUUUGUAAAUGGACGAGUUCAAAUACCAACAGGGUGACUCUUAGCUUUGUGUUCGGUGAAUACUCUUUCACCAAUACCUUCCAUAAGUUAAUAGCCAACGCAUCUACUUUCUCGAUACGGCGGAAACGCUAAAUACCUGAUUCGGAAAUUCGCAGCAGAAGAUAAACCUCCAAAUACAUAAACCUACUUAGUUCUCACCAGAAACACUAUGUCGUUUCAACAUUUGAAAGUAACUCCUCACAGGCUUAUUAACACUAUUCAUCAAACGGCUCAGUGGGGUGCCAAAGGUAUAUGGGGCCCAGAACCCACUCAAACUGGUAUGUGCAGAUUGACCCUCAGUGAUGAUGAUAAGGAGGUCAGAGAUUGGUUUAUUAAAGAAGUCAACUCGUUGGGCUGCAAGGUUAAGAUAGACCAGUUGGGGAACAUAUUUGCUAUUUAUUCUGGUCAAAAGGAUGGCCUUCCCACUGCUAUUGGUUCUCAUUUAGAUACUCAGCCAACUGGAGGAAGAUACGAUGGAAUACUUGGGGUAUUAUGUGGAUUGGAGGUAUUACGCACUAUCAAAGAUAAUGGGUUCACUCCCAAGUAUCCUAUUGCUGUAAUCAACUGGACUAACGAAGAAGGGGCCCGAUUUCCUGUGUCAUUGAUGUCUUCUUUGGUUUGGUCUGGUGCUCACGACCUUCAAGAAACCUACAACUUGAAGUCAAUUACCGACGAUGUGCCAGUGACGGUUCGAGAUGAGCUUGAGCGUAUUGGUUACAUUGGAGAUGUUCCUGUUGAUUACAAGCAAAACCCUAUAAAGUGCCAUUUCGAAAUUCACAUAGAACAAGGCCCGAUUCUCGAAGAGUCAAACAAAAAGAUCGGGAUCGUGGUAGGAGCUCAGGGCUAUGACUGGACCAAAGUACAUGUCAAGGGUAAGGCCACACAUACGGGAACAACACCUUUCUAUGCGCGUUCUGAUGCGUUGUUGGCAACUUCUCAGAUGAUUUGUAAAGGUAACGAGCUUGCAAAAAAGGCAGAAGGGCUAUUUUCAGUGGGUGUGUUGAACUUACUCCCCAAAGUGGUGAAUGUAAUCCCAGACUCCACCGAGUUUGUCAUGGAUUUGAGACACCCGAUUAAGGACUCGUUGCACAAAUUAAAAGAUGACUGUGUUGAAGAGUUCAAGAAAAUUGCCCACGAAGCUGGCAGAAAUGUAUCGGUAGAAUUCGAACAUGUCAUGCUUUCUGACCCGUUAGAGUUUCAUGCUGAUUGUGUUUCGUGUGUUCAGUCGGCUGCUGUCGAAUUAUAUGGAAAAGACAACGUAUUGGAGAUCGUGAGUGGUGCUGGUCACGAUAGCUGUGCCACCAGCGGCGUGGUCCCCACAUCAAUGAUUUUUAUUCCGUCUAAGGAUGGCGUCAGUCACAACCCUGAAGAGUAUUCGACACCCGAACAAGUAGCUGAGGGAUUUCAGGUUUUGUUGAAUGCGGUUUUGCGAUAUGAUUCUCUUAGGGUUGACUGAUUGGUCUAUUUGUUUACAGCCACAUUAACAUGAUAAUAUAUUGAAGCAGGUCGUAUGGUACAUGUACCUGUAUAUGUAGGAGAUGUGCUAUCUGCUUGUAUUGUUGUGUUUUCGGGAUUUUUCUUCUCCCUCUUGUAACCCGCGACUCUUUUGCAGCCAUUCACCAGGAUCACAAUAUUGACUGAUAUGUUCAGUACCUUCUUCUUUUGAUGUUGUGAAUCAUCACCCAGUACCAAGGAGGCAACAUGAUCCAACGCAUAACGGUUUUGGUCAUGUCUAUAUAGUUUAUCUGCUGUGCCUGUUGCACUCGUUUCACUGUACCAUGCCGUAAGCUAUACCGUUUAUUAUUCCUGUCAUCAUAGAUGGUAUCAAACAACACCGAAUGGACAAACCACAAGAAAUGUCCGAUCGAAAUACACACCAAUCCUCUCCAUAUGGCAAAGGUAGUUAACACGUUCCACAAACUUCCCAUCGUAAAUGACUCAGCAGACAACUGCUGAAGAAGUAUACUGAAUUCCUCCAGCAGCACCAAAGCGAAGACCAUGCUCAUCAACGGAAUAUAAAUGCCCCUGAUGACGAUGAUGCCAAAGAUCCCAACCUGGAGUUGCGGGUUUCGACGACAUAGAAUGUACGUGAGUAUUUCAUACAACAUGCCUCCCAUCAUAGGAGUCGGAUACCCCAAAACAUACAGGCCAUAUGUAGAUAAUCCAAUGACAGCCACCGCCAUUAGCACCAAAUAGUGGAAGUAAUCCAAAGGUUCGAGUCUGCGAGUGGCCCUCAUAAGCACCUGUUGCUGCUCUUCAUCAAAUACCGCAAUUGAGUCUGGAAAAGUGGCCCGGCUGAGAGAAAAACUCUCCUCUAGUAGUUUCAGCCACUGUACUGUAUUGUAAAUGCUGAAGAGAGUGUUCAUCAGAAGAGGACCAUAAUAGAAGAAUGAGGUGAUCACCCGCCAAGGUUGAGUGGAAAACGCUCGGCUGACCAGGAAUUCCAACCGGGCACCAGGGACCAACUUGAACUGUACCAUUGCGUGUGCCAACAUGAGUCCGCCUGCCCAGUACCGCGAUACUGGUGGCAAACCUUGCAUUAACACAUGUAGGUUUUCCAUACUUGUCAGUUUGGAAAUCAAUUGCCAGCGCGCGCACCAUCAGUUUCACCUGAUUCCUCCUACGCAACAUGGAGAAACUAAUCUACAGAGAUGACACGCCGUU